AUGCGCACCAGCCCUCGUGCCCGCCCCCUGGCGACGCGGGGCGUCCCUAACGACCGGAGCCGGCCGCGCGGGGGGCCUGCAGGGAAGCGAGCACCCGGGCACCGAGAGUGGGCCAUCACCAAGGGGCCACCUGCGCCCACGCUGCCAAUGCAGAGCAUGCAGGCAACUCUAGGCACACCGACCUCGUCGGCCCUCAGCCGGUUCUCCACCUCCACCCAGGACAAGUCCUCCACUGCAGGUCAGACCUCCAGCACAGGCCCACAGCCCUCAAGGCCCUCCAUCAUCCCACCCCCUGGCAAGUCCAAGGGCUGGAGUACUGGGGCCAGUGGAGGUCGCAUGCGCAGGAUCAUCGCUGAGGAUCCUGAGUGGUCGCUGGCCAUCGUGCCCCUCCUCACAGAGCUCUGCAUUCAGCACAUUGUCGAGAACUUCCAGAACAACCCUAUCCUGCAGCAGCUGCUUCCGGAGCACAAGCAGAAGGUCCUGGACCACUUGUCACCCGACCUGCCGCUGGCUGUGACCGCCAACCUGAUCGACGACGAGAGCUACUGGCGCCGCUGCUGCACGCAGCGCUGGCCCGUGUGCCACGUGGCCAAGCACGGCGGCAGCUGGAAGCGCAUGUUCUUCGAGCGGCACCUGGAGAACCUGCUAAAGCACUUCAUCCCCAGCACCACGGACCCCGCGCUGAUCCUCGACCUGCUGCCGCUCUGCAGGAACUAUGUGCGCAGGCUCCGUGUGGAUCAGUUCCUUCCGCCCAUGAAGCUCCCGCCCCGACCCCGGAGCGGGGAACUGUCCAACUCCGGCAGCGAGGCAGAGGUGGAGGAGCCCGCCCCUGACCACUACCAACUGGGAGACCUGGUGGCCGGCCUGAGCCAUCUGGAGGAGCUGGACCUGGUGUACGGGGUCAAGGACUGCGGCAUGAACUUCGAGUGGAACCUCUUCCUCUUCACCUAUCGCGACUGCCACUCCCUGGCGGCCACCAUCAAGGCAUGCCACACCCUCAAGACCAGUGUGGCACUCUACAGCAGGCACGACAGAGGCAUGAAAUGA